AUGUCGACAUCUACUCCCUUUAAAUCAGAAUCAUCCUACACCGCCAUGACCCCCGACCACGACCACGACGUCGAAGCGAUCGGCUCGCACUGCGAAUUCCCCUACUGCCACCAACUGGACUUUCUCCCAUUCCGCUGCGACUCGUGCCACCACACGUUCUGCCUCGAUCAUCGAAGCGAAACCGCACAUAAAUGCCCCCGGGCCGGCGAAUGGGCGAGAAACAGACGGCGGAAUAGCGUGGGCAGACCGACACAAUCACAAUCACUGUCCUCGGGAUCCAACCACUCUACAAACAGUACGGCCUCUGGUGCCGGUCGUCGUCCAAACCACGCCAACGCCACACAAUGCAGCGAGCCGAGCUGCAAGACGUUCGUGCACACGCUGCAGAACACAGGCGUGCACUGUCCGAACUGCAAUCGGACGUACUGUCUCAAACAUCGCAUGCGCGAAGACCACGACUGUGCCCACCUCGUCCCGCUGGGCGCGCGUCCGCUUGAUAUCGCUCUGCAGAGCAACAAAGAGAAACUGCGUCUCGGAUUCGGCCGGCUGAAAGCGUGGGGAAAUAAAGUGCAGCAAGACGCAGUGCCGAACCCGAAGCCGACCAGUCGCGCCGCCCAGGUCGUUGCCUUGAAUGCGCUCAAGAAGAACGCCAAGGGAGACGACAAGCUCGACCCGGCGAAACGCGUUUACUUGCACGUCGAGGCUGAGGCGGCGAGCACGUCGAGUAAAUUGCCCAGUGCGGAUUUGUUCUUCUCGCAGGACUGGAGUGUGGGUCGGUUGCUCGACGAGGCGGCCAAGAGGUUGCAGGUUGCCAAUGUGAACAAUCGAGUCGAUUCGGAGGACCAGCGCCUCAGAGUAUAUCAUGUUGAAGGGGGGAGGUUGUUGGAGUUCUCCGAGAGGGUUGGAAAGGUCUUGAUCAAUGGGAACACGGUGGUUCUCUUGAGAGGCGUUGGGCCGAAACAGGCAUGA